GCGCUGUAACUACUAUGGUGGACAUGUCCCCGAAGUUUCAACAUCAUUGCAGAGAUGAUGCGCUCUGAGUGAAGCGGGUGCAGAGAUUAUGCGCUCUGAGUGAACCGGGUGCAGAGAUUAUGCGCUCUGAGUGAAGCGGGGAAUGCCUUUCUCGAACAAUCCCCCGCCUGAGGAGCGGGGGAGAAGUUGCGCAGACGCUGCAGAAACGGUAGUCUGUUGAUUAGUGCCUCUUCAUCGAACCAUUGUAGGAGGAGUGGUGCUUGCUUUGAAGCGAUGGCGGCGGCGGCGGUACUCGGACAGCGCGGCGCAUGUUGCGCCUACGGCGCUGCAGCGGGGACCGCGGAAUCCGGCGGGACAGAGAUCAUCGCUUAUCAUCACAUCUCCACUGUAUCGGCGAGCCUUGUCAGUCGGUCCACGGAAGACCUGGCCAGCGGAAGAAGGGCGAGACUGAGGAGGACGUGGCUCGCCUCUCCGCGCUGUAAAGAUCUCCCAUCGUCCACAAAUUACGUCAUUUCAGGACAUGACCGACUUGCUUUGGACUCCUGCUCGUCGACAACAUCUCCUUCUCCCUCGUUCCGGAUCACCGCCGCCGCCGCCGCCGCCGCCGCUGACGGGGCAGGGGCAGAGGAUACAGCCGUUGCCACGCCGCCGCCAUUGCCAGAGAGUGGCGGAGAUUCCGCUGGCGGCGGAGAGCACGCGCAGUUGGUGGACGAAAGCCAUACUCUCACUCUUGAUGGCAUUAGGAACACUCUGAUCCGAUUAGAAGACAGCAUAAUCUUCCACUUGAUUGAGCGGGCUCAGUACAAGUGGAAUCUUCCAACCUACGACGCGAGGAUGAUCUCUGUUCCCCCUCACAAUCUCUCUCUCCUUGCAUUUCUGUUGAGGGAGACGGAACGACUCCACUCCAACGUUCGUCGCUACACUAGUCCUGACGAGCACCCGUUCUUCCCCGACGCCAUCGAGAGACCUCUCCUCCCUCCUCUCCUCUAUCCCAAGGUGCUGUGCGCGGGCUCCGGAGUUGUGAAUGUCAAUCCGGCGAUCUGGAAGAUGUACAUAGAAUGGCUUGUUCCACAACUGACAGAAGAGGGCGAUGACAAGAACUACGGAUCGGCUGCCACGUGUGAUGUGCUGUGCCUGCAGGCUCUGUCUCGUCGAAUCCACUAUGGGAAAUUCGUGGCAGAAGCCAAGUGUAGAGAAGCGAUGGAAGAGUACGACCGACUCAUCUAUAACAAAGAUAGAGAAGGGAUAAUCAAGAAACUUACUGUGGAGGCUGUUGAGGACGCAGUGGUUCGACGAGUAGAACUGAAGGCGAGGACCUUUGGUCAAGACAUCCUCGAGUCGGGCGUCGCUGCCGCGUGCGACAGCGAGGAGCCGCGCAAGAUCGACCCAAAAAUCGUCGCUCGUCUUUAUCAAGACGGCAUCAUGCCGCUCACCAAGGAGGUGGAGGUUGAGUACCUUCUUCGCCGUCUCGACUUUCCCAGUACACCUUGAUUCACCGAGCCUUGCACCUGUUCUCCCAGCUCGGGCUCCAAAUACUCCCCUCUCCCUCCGGGGGCCGUGGCCGACGGACAUGUCGCAAGAGGGGGUGCGAAAGUGCGCACGCAG